AUGGUGACGGAAAAGAAAUCCAACUCUAAAUCGAGAAUGUCUGUCUCCAAGCUCAAAGAACAAUAUGCCGUCGUUACAGAGACCGUUGAUAAUCUUCGUUAUGGACUUAUACAGAGGCACUUUCAGCUGCUCGAUACCAAUGGUUCCUUGCUUCUGUUUCUCACAAACUAUCUAUCAUGGUUCAUGAUAUCUUCCUUUAAGAUCUGUUUUGCUUUCUCUGUGAUUGUGAAUCAUGGCAGUGGCCAAGUACACGGCAGCGCAAAGACGUUCUCCGGUGAAACUCGGAGCAACGGAUUUAAUUUGUUGUCGUACUCUUCAAGGACUCACAGGAAAGUGGCCAAGUACACGGCAGCGCAAAGACGUUCUCCGGUGAAACUCGGAGCAACGGAUUUAAUUUGUUGUCGUACUCUUCAAGGACUCACAGGAAAGGUUCUUUCACUGGACUGGACGCCAGAGAGUAACUGUAUCGUCAGUGCAUCUCAAGACGUGUUUGUUAUAUCUUCAAUCUUAGCUCGACCGCUGAUAAGGACGGAACUGUGCCAGUUUCAAGAAUGCGCAGUGGAAACAAUGUUUACGUUUCAUGCUGAGGAUGCUCAUUUGAUUACCAGUUCAGGUGAUCAAACAUGUGUCAAGUGGAAUGUUACUACCAGUAUUAAAACUUAUGUGUUUGGCGGCGAGUUUCAGUCUGGACAUAUUGCUGAUGUACUAAGUAUGGAUAAAGUAUAUUGGAAUGCAGCUAAACUCAUGGCCUUAUACACCUACUGUGCUCCAUUUACUCCAGUGUCUCAAUCUGCGAAUCAAACUCAACUGGAUUCAUGUGAUACCACUGCACGCUUGUGGGACACUCGUGCUGCAAACAGAGCAGUGCAGACGUUACAUGGGCACAAAGGAGAUGUGAAUACUGUCAAGUUCUUUCCGGAUGGGUAUAGAUUAGGGACUGGAUCAGGGAUGAACAUGCAGGUUGUAUUGGAUUCGGGGGAACUUAAAGACUCACACAUGAAUCAUAGAAGUUGUUUGGAGAUGUUAGCAGAUGGAAGUGCCUUGUGUACUGGAAGUUGGGAUUCAAAUCAUAAGGCGUUUGGAGAGCAAAUGAGAGUGGUAUGA